GAUAGACUCAUGAAUCAAGAUUACAAUAAUUAUAAACCACUUUCAAGGUACUCUCCAAUCUCGAAUUGUCGACAUUAUUUUAUUUUAUACCGUCGGAUUUUAAUUUGAUUGAAAACUACAAAAUCUCUCUCUUAAAUCGAACGCCAUGAAAUUCUGCGGACCUAAACUGUCCCUGUGCGGGAUCAUUAUCAGCAUUUGGGGAAUAAUCCAAUUGGUCAUGAUGGGAUUCUUCUAUUACAUACGGAGUGUAGCGCUCAUUGAAGACUUGAACAUCUCCGAGGAACACAAGUUUACCGAUGCACAAGAUUUCUACAGCACCGCCGACAAAAUGUAUUCUCUGAAUGCAUAUAACUGUUGGAUUGCUGCCUGUCUCUACAUAUUUACGCUUGUUGUAUCAGGACAUCAAUUCUAUAUGAAUAACCGCAACACAAUGAGUUUGUAAAAUGUUAUUUAUAAUUUAUGUUACAUUUUUAUUAUUUUUAAGAGGUUUUAUUUUUUUGUUUUCUUCAUUUUUUUUUCUAUUGCCUCCACGAUCACAUUUGAGUUAUUCAACAUUGUUAACAGAUUGUAAGAUUAUUGGGUUUUCGCAUUGUCAUAUUGUCAAAAAAUGUCUUAGGUUAUAAGAAGUAAAUAUGGAAUAUAUAUUAAAUAAUUAAAUAUACAUUUGGUAUUUUAUACUGUUAUACCAAAUAUUGUAAAUUA